CAAAGUUCGAGUUACUAAGUCUGUCGUCUGUCGGGUGUUGUGAAUUUUAUUUUGACAGAUCGCGUUAUUGUGUUAGGUGAAGUGUUUGUUGGAUUCUCUAUUUCAUCUAUUAACUACGAUAGCGGACCCAGCCACUCAGCGGAGGAUGGUCGACUGAUGUUGGCGGGGGCAGAUGGGCAACUCUGGCUCUCAGGCGGGGACGGGCGGGGACACUAGGCGGGGCUGGGCACACUCUUAUCCUCGCCCUGCCCAUAAGGUGUUGCCUGAGAGGGUGCCAGGGCAGCGGUUGAGACUAACUCACAACGGAAACAUCCUACACAGCGGCGGAACUCUGACUGGGCGUAAACAUGUCAACCAUCAGGUGCGUCCCCGCAGUUCCAGUCAAGGCAGCCACUAUGAGCCUACCAAAGUGUUGUACGGCAGCGAGCCUGACCUACGAUUCACCGGGAGGGAGUACGAGAACCACAGUCCUGCCAAACUGCGCAUCUCUCGGUCCCGCAAGAAAUACAAGGCUCCUCCCGCACCACAACACAGCAACGGGAUGGACAGUUCAUCACCAGACUCGUAUCAACACUGGGAGAUGACGGGGGCAGAGGUGGUUGCCCCCGUCAGGCGACUCAGGCUGUUCAAGACCAAGGCAGAGAGUAGCAAAAGGCGGGGGGAGGCACACCAUCACCCUCCGCCCCCGCCAGGCCCUCUACAGCGCAGUCUCUCCUCCCCUCAGUUCCAGAUAAUCAGCCCAGCAGAACUUCUAGAAGCAGCAGAGAAGCUGAGGCCUGUUCGAGAACCUCCGGUUGGUAAAGCCGCAGACAGUCCACCCCUUGGUCAUAGAGCUCGGGAGAGCUACAACAAACCUGCGAACAAGGAGAACAAGUCAAACAACCCACAACGAACACCCAAGCAGGAUGAGCUCCUGUCCAGAGGAAGGAGUCAACCGAUCCAGAGGUUAAGAGGAGACGGUGGCGGGGAGAGGAGAGGGAGGGGAGAGGGUUCUCCCGCUCAGGAGUCUACGCCUGAACCUCCUCCUAGCAGACGACACAACCACGACAAGAACUGGCCGGAGAUCACUCCAACAACCAAGCCGACUGCUCCUGUGAAGACUUUCUACUUUGGCAUGAACGAAGACGAGCUUCAAAACACAAGCUCAGGAGCAGGCUCCGAGGACAAUCCUGAGGUAGACAGGUUCGCCGCCAGUAUACAACGUAGGAUUCCGUCCAACCCUACCCAACCUCCACCCCUGGUCACUCACAACACCUCAGGCAGCGACAGUCUCAGCAGCAACGACCCUGUGGGCGAGGAAAGCAGUCCGCAGAUCUCCCUACAGUUGCGCCCCAUCCUGCCCCGCAAACAGCUGGAGAUUCCCCGCUUCUCCCCCACAGCUGCGUGGAGGCUACUGGCAGCUCUUGAGUCGCCCCCGCCUAGUGAUGGAGGUGAGGGUGAGGCGGAGGAUGAGCUGAUCAUGCCCCCGACACCUCGGCGGGGCGAUAAGAGCGGAGACAGUGGCAUCAGCGGGGAUGCUAGCCCUCAACAUCAGGACUCUACACACUAUUCCCCACACAUAAGGGCUGCGUGGACUCCUCAGCAAGAUCUGGAGGAGACCAGUUCAGACGGAGGGUUGGAGUCCGCCCCCCUCUCCCCUGAGAGUUUACCGCUCGCCAAGUUCUCCCCUCGCUUCUCCCUGUCCCUCCCGAGGGAUGAUCGGCUGGCCGUCUACACACAGACAGACAAGACAAAAGAAGAAGACAGUUUCCAAAGCCUGAAGAAGCUGAAGAGGUCAAUGUCAGGCGCGUUGGCUCUAAGUCGCUGUGGCACCAAGGAGACUGGUGCUAGUAGUCUACCUCUAGACAACAACUGGGUGUUGAGCCGUAGUGUUCCUAACUCUCUCAACACUAGCUUGCAGAGGUGGAGCUCCUCUAGUCCCUCGUCUCCUGACCAGGAAGAGGAGUUGUCUGUGGUAAAGCAGCCUUCGUUCUCAUACCUGGCGACCGGAGGACACGUCAUGUACCUGCCAGAGUACUCUACCCCCCGGUCUCACAGGGACAGAGAGAGGACGCCGGCAGCUCUCUCGCUCUCCAAGUCCUGUGAGGACCUCAGUCAGCUAACGCCAGGGGUGUUGCGAGCGAUGGAGCCCAAGGGGCGCAAGAAGUUCACCUUCCAGAGCACCAUCCGGCAGAUCGAGAGGCGGCGGCUGGCGGAGAAACUGUCCAAGGAGGCGGAGCAGAAAGAGCGACAGAGACUCAAUGAGCUAGAAGCAAUGCGAAGGGUCGAAGAGGAGUUUCAACGCAAGCGAGAGAGAGAGAAAGCAGAUAUCCGUCAACAGCUGAGGUUGUACAGUCUGACGCAGGGACGAGACGCUCCAGAGGGGAAAGACGCACCACCACCUCCGUCCACGCAGGUGUUGAGUGAAUACCGACAACCUAGACAUGACUACAGGGACUUCACACCUCACAGGUAUCAAGAAGAACCAGUGUUGGAAGUUCCUAAGAAGUCAACGGUUCAUCCGCAAGUAGUUUACCAGAUGCCAAAGAGUACACAGGUCUAUGUUGCGCCUCACCUGCACUCGAACAGUGGUUCAGGUGUAGGCAGUGUAGGUGAUGGAGGGGGAAUGUCCACACCUCGCUCAUCAUGUUCAGACAACUAUCGGAGAGACUUUGCUCACGGAGCCGUGCCUCACUCUCUAGCUAGAGACUGCAGUGUAGGUGAUGGAGGGGGAAUGUCCACACCUCGCUCGUCAUGUUCAGACAACUAUCGGAGAGACUUUGCUCACGGAGCCGUGCCUCACUCUCUAGCUAGAGACUGCAGUGUAGGUGAUGGAGGGGGAAUGUCCACACCUCGCUCAUCAUGUUCAGACAACUAUCGGAGAGACUUUGCUCACGGAGCCGUGCCUCACUCUCUAGCUAGAAACGUUUAUAUUAUUCUAACACAACUGUUGUCAGGUGUAGGCAGUGUAGGUGAUGGAGGGGGAAUGUCCACACCUCGCUCAUCAUGUUCAGACAACUAUCGGAGAGACUUUGCUCACGGAGCCGUGCCUCACUCUCUAGCUAGAGACUGCAGUGUAGGUGAUGGAGGGGGAAUGUCCACACCUCGCUCGUCAUGUUCAGACAACUAUAGAAGAGACUUUGCUCACGGAGCCGUGCCUCACUCUCUAGCUAGAGACUGCAGUGUAGGUGAUGGAGGGGGAAUGUCCACACCUCGCUCAUCAUGUUCAGACAACUAUCGGAGAGACUUUGCUCACGGAGCCGUGCCUCACUCUCUAGCUAGAGACUGCAGUGUAGGUGAUGGAGGGGGAAUGUCCACACCUCGCUCGUCAUGUUCAGACAACUAUCGGAGAGACUUUGCUCACGGAGCCGUGCCUCACUCUCUAGCUAGAGACUGCAGUGUAGGUGAUGGAGGGGGAAUGUCCACACCUCGCUCGUCAUGUUCAGACAACUAUCGGAGAGACUUUGCUCACGGAGCCGUGCCUCACUCUCUAGCUAGAGACUGUGUAGGCAGUGUAGGUGAUGGAGGGGGAAUGUCCACACCUCGCUCAUCAUGUUCAGACAACUAUCGGAGAGACUUUGCUCACGGAGCCGUGCCUCACUCUAGUGUAGGCAGUGUAGGUGAUGGAGGGGGAAUGUCCACACCUCGCUCAUCAUGUUCAGACAACUAUCGGAGAGACUUUGCUCAUGUUACCGUGCCUCACUCUCUAGCUAGAGACUGUGUAGGCAGUGUAGGUGAUGGAGGGGGAAUGUCCACACCUCGCUCAUCAUGUUCAGACAACUAUCGGAGAGACUUUGCUCACGGAGCCGUGCCUCACUCUAGUGUAGGCAGUGUAGGUGAUGGAGGGGGAAUGUCCACACCUCGCUCGUCAUGUUCAGACAACUAUCGGAGAGACUUUGCUCACGGAGCCGUGCCUCACUCUAGUGUAGGCAGUGUAGGUGAUGGAGGGGGAAUGUCCACACCUCGCUCGUCAUGUUCAGACAACUAUCGGAGAGACUUUGCUCACGGAGCCGUGCCUCACUCUAGUGUAGGCAGUGUAGGUGAUGGAGGGGGAAUGUCCACACCUCGCUCAUCAUGUUCAGACAACUAUCGGAGAGACUUUGCUCAUGUUACCGUGCCUCACUCUCUAGCUAGAGACUGUGUAGGCAGUGUAGGUGAUGGAGGGGGAAUGUCCACACCUCGCUCAUCAUGUUCAGACAACUAUCGGAGAGACUUUGCUCACGGAGCCGUGCCUCACUCUAGUGUAGGCAGUGUAGGUGAUGGAGGGGGAAUGUCCACACCUCGCUCGUCAUGUUCAGACAACUAUCGGAGAGACUUUGCUCACGGAGCCGUGCCUCACUCUAGUGUAGGCAGUGUAGGUGAUGGAGGGGGAAUGUCCACACCUCGCUCGUCAUGUUCAGACAACUAUCGGAGAGACUUUGCUCACGGAGCCGUGCCUCACUCUAGUGUAGGCAGUGUAGGUGAUGGAGGGGGAAUGUCCACACCUCGCUCGUCAUGUUCAGACAACUAUCGGAGAGACUUUGCUCACGGAGCCUUUCUAACACAACUGUUGUCAGGUGUAGGCAGUGUAGGUGAUGGAGGGGGAAUGUCCACACCUCGCUCAUCAUGUUCAGACAACUAUCGGAGAGACUUUGCUCACGGAGCCGUGCCUCACUCUCUAGUCAGUUCUGACUCGGAGAUCUCUCAACCCAACACGAGGCCGACGUCUCGCAACAUACACCGCAGCAGGUCGGCGAGUCCUGGUCGCAAGUCGCCUCGGGUCGUAAGUCCGAUGGAGAUCACGUUGCAUCUGAAACAACUCAAGAUCCUGCAACAGCCGGCCAGUCCGGUACCGUGCCCUGUGCCGGACACGGUACACCCAGUGCCGGACGGCACCACGGAGGCGCCACCAGAGACCCCUCCUCCAAUCAUACCACAGCCUCCGCCACCGCCCAUGUUGUCGACCCUGGUGCCUCGCCUCGGACUAAGCUCUCUUGCUCAACCUUUCGCCCCGAAGCCGAAGGCGUUUCGACCAAUCUCGUUUAAUCCGACUUCCAACAAAGUUGCUCAAACCGCCAUGUAACGAUUUAUAUAUUUAUCGGUGUAUUAUUGUAUGUAAAUUAUUUUAUGAUUAUGUACAAUUGAAUUAUAUAUAAUGUAUAAACAUGUAAAUAAACUGUAAGUUCUGUGGUUUCGGUUGUUCUUUAACAUCUGUUACUUUAUUGUCGAUUAACUCUUAAAAUCUUGUUUCUUUACUAAUUGUAUGAAAUAUACAACUGUACGUAAA